CAGCUCUAUUAUUCCAGACACUGCCCUUCCAGUGAGGAGCGUGAAGUAGGAGGACAGAGGAGCUGCCAUAAAUUCUUAAAUUCUUAAAGCCAUGUCCAAGGAUUUGGUGACAUUUGGGGAUGUGGCUGUAGAUUUCUCUCAAGAGGAGUGGGAAUGGCUGAACCCUGCUCAGAGGAAUUUGUACAGAAAGGUGAUGUUGGAGAACUAUAGGAGCCUGGUAUCACUAGGAGUUUCAGUUUCUAAGCCAGAUGUGAUCUCAUUAUUGGAACAAGGAAAAGAACCCUGGAUGGUGAAGAAGGAGGGGACAAGAGGCACGUGCCCUGAUUGGGAGUAUACAUUUAAAAACAAUGGAUUUUCAUCAAAGCAAGUUAUUUAUGAAGAAACAUCUGAACUAGUGAAAAUGGGAAGAAGCCAUCUUAGUUAUAGCCUUGACUGCCCCAGUUUGAGAGAAGACUGUAAAAGUGAGGACUGGCUCAAGAACCAGUUAGGAAGUCAGGAGGUACAUUCCAGACAACUGAUCACUCAUAAAGAAAUGCUCACUGAGGAUCAAAGUAAUGAAUAUACUAAAUCUUGGCAAACUUUCCAUGAGGAUGCAAUAUUUGAUAUAAAAAAGACUUUUCCCACCAAAGAAAGAGUACAUAAGCAUGAGCCACAAAAGAGAAGUUACCGAAAAAAGUCUGUCGAAGUGAAACAUAAGAAAGUCUGUAUACAAAAGAAACUCUUGAAAUGUAAUGAAUGUGAGAAAGUUUUCAACCAGAGCUCAUCCCUUACUCUUCAUCAGAGAAUUCAUACUGGAGAGAAACCCUAUGCAUGUGUUGAAUGUGGGAAAACCUUCAGCCAGAGUGCAAACCUAGCUCAACAUAAGAGAAUACAUACUGGAGAGAAACCCUAUGAAUGUAAAGAAUGUAGGAAAGCCUUCAGCCAGAAUGCACACCUUGCUCAACAUCAGAGAGUUCAUACUGGAGAGAGACCUUAUCAAUGUAAAGAAUGUAAAAAAGCCUUCAGCCAGAUUGCACACCUGGCUCAACAUCAGAGAGUUCAUACUGGAGAGAGACCUUUUGAAUGUAUUGAAUGUGGAAAAGCCUUCAGUAAUGGUUCAUUUCUCGCUCAGCAUCAGAGAAUUCAUACAGGAGAAAAACCUUAUGUAUGUAAUGUGUGUGGGAAAGCCUUUAGCCAUCGUGGAUACCUAAUUGUACAUCAGAGAAUUCAUACUGGAGAGAGACCGUAUGAAUGUAAGGAAUGUAGAAAAGCUUUCAGCCAAUAUGCACACCUUGCUCAACAUCAGAGAGUUCAUACUGGAGAAAAACCUUACGAAUGUAAAGUAUGCAGGAAAGCCUUCAGCCAGAUUGCAUACCUUGAUCAACAUCAGAGGGUUCACACUGGAGAAAAACCCUAUGAGUGUAUUGAAUGUGGGAAGGCCUUUAGCAAUAGUUCAUCACUUGCACAACAUCAGAGAAGUCAUACUGGAGAAAAACCGUAUAUGUGCAAGGAAUGUAGGAAAACAUUUAGCCAGAAUGCAGGCCUUGCUCAACAUAAGCGAAUUCAUACUGGAGAGAAACCUUAUGAAUGUAAUAUUUGUGGGAAGGCCUUUAGCUACAGUGGAUCUCUUACUCUACAUCAAAGAAUUCAUACAGGAGAGAGACCCUAUGAAUGUAAGGAUUGCAGGAAAUCUUUCAGGCAGCGUGCCCAUCUUGCCCAGCAUGAGAGAAUUCAUACUAUGGAGUCAUUCUUGACUCUUUCCUCUCCCUCAUCCUCCAUGUCCAGUCAGUUGCCAAGACCUGUUGGUUUUAUCUCCUAAAUAUGCCUUGAAUCUGACUCCUUUAAUCCAUUUCCGUUCCAUCAUCUUGGUCCAGUACACAGUAAUCUAUUUCAUAUGGACUAUGGAAAUAGCUUUCUGAUUGGUCUCCCUGUAUUUACCAUUUCCUUUGUCAGCUGCCUACAUUGCAGUCAAACUUGUAUUUUAGAAGUUUGAUCAUAUCCCUUCCUCACUGAUACCCUUCACUGGUACCCCAUAGUUCUUAGGUUAAAGCACACAUUCCUCAGAAUAGCCUAAAAGACCCUCCUGCCCCAAAUACCUUGUUCCAGUAUACCUUCCAAAAUACUAUUUCAUGUCAAAAUCCAUCUCAUUCUUUGGCUAUUUAUCCAGAAUUAAGAACUUAUAUUCCAGCAUCCAACAGAUCUGGGUUCUAAUCCUUGCACUUCCAUUUUCUAGCCCUCUAGUUUCAGAGAAACAUUUUGUUCUUUGUAAGGUUCAGUCUUCUUAUUUAUAUUAUGGAAAUAAUAAUAGUACUACCUCAAAAGUUGAUGGGAGGAUUAAAUGAGAGAAUGCAUGUAAAUUGCUCAGAGUGCCUAGCAUAAUCACUUAAUAAAUGUUACCAUAAAAUGAAAAGAUACUGUGGUAUACAAAGAGGACCUGAUCUUCUUAGCAAGGAUCAUCUAAGAAAUAACAAAAGAAGCAGCAG